AUGAAUAUAUUUGAUCAAUUUACUAAUUUCUGGAAAUUAUUUUGUAAACCUUCACGACAAUAAUAUUCAAAUUUUGAUUUAGGAUCACCAAUAUUUUACAAUGACUCAUGUCAAUAUAAGCGUACUGAUUUUACUUUAAAAAACGUUCGUAAAUAAGAAAUAAGAUGUUCGUUAUAUGAACCAUUUAAUAAAGUAUAUGAUUCUUGUAUAGUAUAUUUACAUUCAUUAAACGGUUCGCGAAUGGAAAGCGCAAAAUACGUGUAAUUUGCAAUCGAAAGAGGAUUUUCGUUUUUUUCUUUUGAUUUUCCAGGAUGUGGACUUUCCGAAGGUGAAUAUGUUUCUUUAGGUUAUUAUGAAUAAAAUGAUGUAGAUAUAGUAAUAAAUUAUUUAAAAAUGAAAAAAAAUACCAUUUAUUGGUUUAUGGGGUAGAUCAAUGGGUGCUGUAACUGCAUUAUUAUAUUCAUAAAAGUAAAUAUUUAUUAUAUAUACAUUUAUUUAUAUUUUUAGAUUUUAAAAUAAUGUUAAUGUUUUAGCUUUAGAUAGUCCAUUUUUAAGUAUUAGAAAUGCAGGUGUUGA